CGAGUCUUCAGCUCCGCCACAACCUCCGUCGUCGGAAAAAGAACACGGCGGCGAUGAGCAAGUGAUGAGCGAGGUCCAUCUGGGAUGCCCACCUGGUUUCUCUGGGCCCCAUGUUUCCCGCUUCACCAUUUGCAUUCCACUUCCACACGAUGAAGCAUUAAAAAGUCAGGUUCUGGAAUUCGACGACGAUGGUGACCUUCUUCUUCCUCGACGAACCACAAAUGCACAAGCAUCAUGUGAUAGCUGUAGUGUGAGAAUCCAGCAUAAUAUCACAUCGUCAAUUCCAAAUGUUGGUCUGCAGGUUUGGCGAGCUGAACUAGUAUUAUCUGAUUUUAUAUUGCAUAAAGCAUUAUGUUCAUCUCAGUUUCAUGGAGUUAUUGCGUUAGAACUUGGCGCCGGAACUGGAUUGGUGGGUUUAUUACUUGCGCGUACUGCAAAUACAGUGUUCCUAACAGAUCAUGGGAAUGAAAUACUUGACAACUGUGCCAAGAACGUUCAGCUUAAUUUUGGACUAUUGAAUUAUCAAGCCACAAUUUUUGUACGUGAACUUGAUUGGUUCAAUUGCUGGCCUCCAAAAGCAGGAAUAGGAGAGACUCCUUGUACGCCAAGGUAUUCUUGGACUUUAAGAGAGAUUGAAGAGGCCGAGAAUGCUUCUUUGCUGGUGGCUGCUGAUGUUAUUUAUGAUAAUAACCUGACUGAUGCAUUUUUCAGUACCUUAGAGAGAUUAAUGUCAAGGGGUUCAACAAAGGUGUUAUACAUGGCACUGGAAAAGCGCUACAAUUUCAGUCUUUCUGACCUUGAUGUUGUUGCAAAUGGAUAUUCGCAUUUUCGAAGCUAUCUUAAGGAUGAAGACGAAAUCGAAAGCCUUGAGUCUGUAACCAGGCCUAAUUUUUUGGGGAAGCUGAUGGACCUCUCUCAAAUUCCACAGUAUGUUAGAGAGUAUGAAAGAGGAAAUGAUGUUGAGAUUUGGCAGAUCAAGUACUGUGGUCCAAAACAUGAAGCCUCAGUUACUCGGGGAUAAAAUUUUGAAGUUGAAUUCUAAUACCAAUGUUUUUUA